GUUGUUUGUUUAAAUGUGGUUUAAAUUAAAUGUUUGUUUCUUAGAUGGUUUUGUUAUAAGUUAUUCAUUUAUAUAAUUCAACUCAGUGUACACGGUAUUCAUGGCCAAUUUUGUGAGCUGCUGUCUCCGGCAGCAUGAUGCUGACACAAUCUCUGAACCUGUGGUAGAUACAUACGAACAAGAUGUAAACUAUGGAGUCCCAGUACUAAGGGUACUUAGUAUAGAUGUCUGUGCCCGAGCAAUCCUGGACCAUGUGCCCCUUAAAGAGUUGGUGCGCUCUGAACGGGUCUGCCGAAGGUGGCAGAUUGCAAUCCAUGAAUAUAUGCAUAGUAUUUACACGGUGAGCUUUUAUGAUAUUUCAGAUAGAGAUACAUUGCACCUUGCCAAAUAUGGUAGUAGUGAUAAAAGUGAGAGCAACAGCUACCACAGAAGAAUACAAAUCAGUUCAGACACAUGUUCUGUUUCAUUUGCUUGUGCAAUAAUCGAGAAAUGGGGCCGUUCUAUAGUGACUGUAUUCACAUCAAGGCAGGUAGAGGAAUAUUUUGACCUUAUAUCUCUGAAAUGUAAAUACUUGCAUUGUAUCAAGUUUGUGGGUCAAAGAAAAAGAAAAAAUCUCUUUAAUCAGAUUUUUCAGGGUAGGCAAAGCGGAAAACAGAUAGUUAUUCCAGUAAAACAAAUCAAUAAAUGCAAGCAUUUGAAGAAGAUAGCAUUCAAACAUAUAUUUGAUUUAGGAGACGAUGACAUGGCUAUAAUACUUAAAAAUAUUGAUUUUGAAGAACUAGAGAUCUGUAAUAUUCGUCUGUAUGGAGAUAGUUUGCUAGAAAUCAAACCAAAUAGCUUAAAAUCUUUAAACAUUAGUUGUAUGUGGACAUAUUUCUUAUUAAAUUGUUUAGUCUGUGCUACCAAAAACAUGCAGAAUUUAAAAAGUUUGACACUAGACAACAACUACUUAAGCAUAUUCACCCAUGCGCAUUUAAUUUUGAAUGAAAUGCCCGAGUUAGAGCAUAUAUCAUUAUGCCACUAUUAUUACGACUACUUUGAGUUACGAUGGGAUAAUGAUUAUCAGACUAGCGGAUGUAUUGAAUCUCUGUGCCGGCUUGAUAAGUUAAAGCGGCUUUAUCUUAAGGGCAAUGAGACAGUGGAUGAUGAGAUGCUAGAAGAGUUGGUGAAAUGUAAAAGUUUGGAGUAUUUGGAUAUAAGUAAUGACGCUGGACGUUAUACAUUUUGGAGCGAACGGGGCGUGGCGGCAUUGUGCCGGAGGCCUCGGCCUGCAGUCACUACUCUUUGCUUCGGCUACAUCCAAAACAUGCCGUCUUCAGAUCUUCUGCUGUGCAUUAGAAAUAUAAAAAUGCCUAUGGUUGAGCAGUUAGAGACUAUAGGCUGCGUGGAGUUCACGCCGCAAUGGUUGGAGGAAGCCUCUAGAGCCUCCAUGAAGGGAACACAUCCACUUGAGGUACAAGCUAUAAGCCUACCAGCAUUGAAAGAGGAAUUUCACCCUGAUCUAAAAAUCGUGUUAAGUGGAGCUGAACAUAAUCAAUAACCAAAUUACACAAACAAUAAGAAUGUAGCCUUUCCAAAUAAUGGGGGAUGUGAAUGUGAUAUAUUAUUAUGUAGAUCUCUAUGAAAUAAUCUAAUAAGAGUACAUAUAUAUUUUGUACCUACCUACUUUUAUUAUUUAGUGUUAAAGUACAUAAAAUUAAAACGAUACACAAUAAAAAUAAACCCGGAGGUUUACUUACAACAAUUUUGAAUUCUGCGCUGUUUUUAACCCUUUGAAUGUCAAGAAUACCUAAUAAAGUAAUUAUUACUAGUCGUUAGUCGUGCCCACAGCGUCAAGGACAAGGUGUUAUGGCGGACGCUGUCAAUGUAACCUUGACACUUUGAAACUUUGAAGUAAGGUUUACAUUAGCUCGCUUGCGUCCACUACCCUGGCGUGUAAGUGUCGUUUUUGUUCAAGAUGUAAAAUUGUAAAACGUUCAAAAGAUUAAUAAAUCUGGAUGGCGGCUUGGCGGCUAUUCCCAUUUGCACCCGGAGGUGCCGGAGGCUAUUGCCACUCGGCACAAAUUGCACAAAAUAAUUCACAUUUGUUUACACUGACUGGGUACAACUGCGACGGAAUCAUUAUAGUACAUUACAUAGGUAGGUGAAUUCAUAAAUGCUUCAGAUGGCAGGUGUUCGUGGCCCGAACCGAAGGUGAGGUCCAUAAAUUGCCUUGGCCAGUUUUCAUUACAUCAGUCAUUUUAUAAAGUUAUUCAACAUAUAUAUUUUGUAAUUCUGAUAAAAACUGGCCAAGCCAAAUCUAACCUACUUUAAGAUCUCACAUUUUUUUUAAAUAACAGCAAUUGUUAUAGGUAUCCAAUAAAGCAAAGAAAUAGAGUUUAAUACUUGUUUAUAAUGUUAUUUUGUUCCUAUAAAUACAUAUUUGGAUUUUGCAUAGAACUUGGCACUCAUUUAAAUCUCCAUUCUUUUUGCGGCGAACCCCACAGCCAAGCAUAAUUUUUGUAUUGAACUUGGCUCUCCUUUUUUACAUUUAUGUUUUUGAUGGGAUAUCAAUACUUUUUGUAAAGAAAACUAGGCAGGUAUUGAGAUUUAAUGUUUUUUCUUGUGUUUCCGCUGCAUGUUUUUUACUUCUGUUCUUUGUAUUAAUUACUUUUUUUAUUUUUAGAUUUUUUCCUACGCUUACACACAAUUACCGAGCUGGAUUCCAAAUUUCAUCCUUCUAGGUCAUCUGGAAGUAGGUUAGGUUUAGGUACUAUA